AUGUCUGCCAACACCAAAUGGCCCGAUUUCCAAUUGGCGUCCAAAUUGCGGUAUUUCAUGGGCUCGAGUGCUCCUGAGUCGACCCCCUCGCAAACCACAUCAUCGCCGCAGCUUCCCGCACCAAGACGCGAGGAGUCUCCGUCUGCCCAGGAUAACGACCACGAGGCGGAAGGCCACACGCUCGCUGCCGCAAUGGCUGCCGAGAUCGAUAAUGAGCCCAUUGAAGAGAUGGGAGGCGUCGAUGGUUACGAACACGAAGGCGAUGAUACCGGCGUCGAUAUUGAUUUCGGCGACCUCGAAAUGUUCGACAGCAACGCGUCUCAACUUCCUUUCUUGACGCAAGAGCCUCAACCUGUGAAAUCCGAAUUUCCUACGUCUAGCCAAAGUACGAAGCGCGAUAAGACUAAAAAGAAGAAGAAGAAGAAGUCUCCACUGCAAACUGCCGAAGUUGCUGGCGAUCAACCAACGGAAGCACACCUCGAUGUACCGAACGGCCUUGAAGAUGCAACUACAGAUAUGUAUGCAUUGGAUUUGACGCCGGUUCCAUCAGCACAGAAGAAAAAGAAAAGAAAGACGUCUGAUUCUGCGGACGGCAAGCGACAUAAGAAAAGAAAAGGUUUUGAAGAUGGCGAUACAACUGCUAGUCAGCAGACACAAGACGAGACUGAAGAUGCGGAUGCCAGAAACACUGCUACUAGCUUCCUGUACGCGGAUAGGAAUGCUUCUAGCCAACUCCUUGAUGCAGUUACAGAGGACGACCAGAUGUCACCUAGCAUUGCUCUUGCUCGCCGACGGAGCCAGACUCGCUCGAGAGAAAAUAGUGUAUCCAGAGCUCAAGUCGCUCCCAUGGCGCCCAUGGCAGUUGAUAUUUCAACGCGAGAAUCUGCCCCUGAAGAAGCUUCAAGAAGCCAAGAGGCGACGACCGAAAACCAUGAAGAGGACCGUGACGUUGAAGACCUUGCACGAGAAGCAUGGAGAGAACACGUCAACAGUCAAAGUGGAAAUGCUUCUGCCGCGAGCAAGGUGGAGCCUGGUUCUCAAGAUCCCGCCGAGGCAGAGGAGCAGCCGGACGCAACGCCGCGAAGGCGUUCGGCAAGAACGAAGAAAGCAAAACCCUCCUCGCUAGCUCUGGAAACAACUGAGACUCCUGCUAAGAAGAAUCGUCGAGUUCUUGAAGAGCUGCCGUCUCCCUCUGCCAAUACUCCAAAGCCAAGAGCACGAUCUAAGCGGGCUACACAAAAACCGCAGAAAGUGACGGAAAAGACCUCUGAGGACGAUCUUGAAAACGCAGAAUCUGAGAAACCUGUUAGGAGAGCAUCCAAUCUAGGAGAAAACUACACACAAGGGCGAUUUACGGAUGCUGAAUUCGAUGGCAUUAACCAAGCUAUUGAAACCUUUCGAAACGAAUAUGGACUGACACAAGUUCAAGUUAAUGAGAUGAUACAGGCUCCAGGAGGCACAACUGCUGGCAGUGACCAUGCGCGCCUUUGGUAUCGACUCUUUGAAGCAUGUCCUGAUCGUAAGAGACAAAAAGUCAUCAAUGUCGCUCGUAAAAAAUUCCAUAAUUUUGUAGCGCGAGGGAAAUGGACGCCAGAACAGGAUGCAGAGCUCUCUGCUCUUAUCGAUGUGAACGGAACUGCAUGGUCGAGGAUCGCUGCCAUCAUUAACCGCCACCCUGAAGACGUCAGAGAUCGGUAUCGCAACUACAUUGUUUGCGGUGCGAACCAGCGCAGAGACGUAUGGAACGAAGAAGAAGAAGGACGCCUCACUGAGUAUGUUAAGGAAGCAAUGGAGGUGAUUGACGAACUGCGAAGAGACGCCCCCGGAACGAUUCUGCUACAGAAAACCUACGAGGAAUUAAUUGACUGGCAAAAUAUCAGCGAAAAGAUGGAGAGAACACGAAGUCGACUGCAAUGCAUUACAAAGUGGAAAGCCAUGCAAGCUCGCAUUUCUGGAAAGAAGAAGGAGCGGAAGAGCUCUGAGGGUAAAAAACAAAAACGCCAAGCCCAAGCCCAGCCUGAAGUAGUGAUUUCAGAUGAGGAUAUAUCAUCUCAGCUUGACCAGGCUCGCCAACAGAUGAUGAGUAUGCGCGAAGAAGAUCAAUAUCGUUUGGUCUUGGCUAUCCAGGGAGCCUCCGUCUUAUCGGACGACCAGAUUCCCUGGGGAAAGCUCCUCGAUAAAAAGUUCCGCAGCCAAUGGAGCCGUGGCACCCAAAUACUGUUAUGGGAUCGCCUGAAACAGACAGUUCCAGACUGGGAAACAAUAUCGGUACUGGACGUUGCUCAGUACAUUAUCAACGAGUAUAACCGAACAGGAAGUCUGCCUGAAGUUACUGGCAGUGGCUACGAUGACGAUGAGCGGGAAAAAGAAUUGCUUGGGCACACUCAUUCUCAUAAUAAGCCGACUGCGGUGGCGAAAAGUGCAGAGUUUGUCGAAGACUCUGGCGCUGAGGACGAGCACCACGAUAGCGGACAACAGAACCAAGAUGACAAGCUUGACAUUACUAUUGAUCCUGCAUUAAUGGGAGAGCCGCCGGUCUCUCCACCAAAGGCCACCCCAAAACAGAAGAAGGCUACACGGGUGAAGCCACGGGCGAAGAAGUCAAAGAAGGUGUCUCUUAGCCAGGACCCCAUUGAGGAGAGUGAACCGACUCUACCGCCAAGCGCGAGUGAUGAAGGCGAGGAAUCUAAUCUCGAUGAGGCAGAACUUCGGAAAUCGAAGACACCAAGCAAAUUCAAGUCUGUUAAUACCGCGCUCGAAGAGAAUGGCGUCGCUGCUCCUCAAGAGGAGCCUUAUUCAGACAGCAUUAUGGACGAUAUGGAAGAUCUACCCGCCAGAGUUCUAGCCUAA